GAAUCUUUCCUCCCUCCCCUCCCUCUGUCCAGCAGGAAGUUUCCCCUCAGUUGAGAGUUUUGGAGAGACGCGGCGGGCGGUUGAACCCGCGGCCAGCCGGUAGAGAUGACUUGAAUCAGCGGAUGGCAGGACCGUUUCCUCCCGCUCUCAAGUUUUAUCGGGGUAAAAUGCCAACAGACUCAACAUGCUCACACCGGGAAAAGCUUUUUUACACCAGCUCCGAGUUAGUCAACUGAGUUGUGUGUAAAAUCUUCGCAAGGCAUCAUCAUGGCAAACGUUAAAGUUGCCAUUCGAGUCCGUCCUCUCAACGCAAGGGAGAUUGCGGAUGGAGGAAGGCUAGCAGUUCAGGUGGAGGACAAGUUUGUGAAGAUCCGAAAUGUAAAGCUGGAUGGACGUACAGAUGGUGCUGUGGAUUCGAGGGAGAAACUUCUGGAGUUUUGUUUUGACUACUGCUACUGGUCGGUGGACCCUGAAGAUUCUCACUGUGCCUCGCAGGAGGAGGUGUUCCAGGACCUGGGUGUGUUGGCGCUAUCCGGAGCGUCUGAGGGCUACAAUGUGUGUCUAUUUGCUUACGGCCAAACAGGAUCUGGGAAGACGUACACCAUGAUGGGGACACCGGACUCUAUUGGCUUGACCCCUCAGAUCUGCCAGGGUCUCUUUAGAUCUGAAGACACUUUUCCUGAUGGGCAAAACUCAAGCAGAGUGGAGAUCAGCUUUUUGGAGAUCUAUAACGAGCGUGUGCGGGACCUGCUGAGUGGAGGAGAGCAGAAGAAGAGAGCCUCCCUGAGAGUUAGAGAACACCCUGAGAAAGGACCCUAUGUACAAGACCUGUCACAGCAUGUGGUCUCAGACUGCAGGCAGGCCAUGGACCUUUUGGAGAAAGGCAUUGCCAACCGAAUCACCGCAGCAACACACAUCCAUGAUGCUAGCAGCAGAUCCCACGCCAUUUUCACCAUCCAGUAUACACAGGCAAUACUAGAAAAUAAUCUUCCUUCAGAAACGGUCAGCAAGAUUAACCUGGUGGACUUGGCUGGGAGUGAACGAGCAGACCCCCACUACUGCAGAGAUAGACUGACAGAGGGCUCCAACAUCAACAAGUCGCUGGUCACUUUGGGCAUCGUCAUAUCUGCUCUGGCCCAAAACUCCCAGAUGUCUAGCAGCUGUCAGAGUAUCAACAGUAUGGCCUCUGAGGGCGACGGCAGCACGGUGGGUAGCCACAGCAGCUCCCUGUCUGGAGGAGGAGGAGGAGGUGGGAGGAGGCACUGCUUCAUCCCUUACAGAGACUCAGUUCUAACCUGGCUGCUGAAAGACAGCCUAGGGGGGAACUCUAAGACCAUCAUGAUUGCAACUGUGUCACCCUCUGCUAGCAGUUAUAACGAGACCCUCAGCACCCUGCGUUACGCUGCCCAUGCCAGAAAUAUUGUUAACAAGCCUCGUGUUAAUGAGGAUGCCAAUGUUCGGCUGAUCAGGGAGCUGAGAGAGGAGAUUGACAGGCUGAAGAGCAUGCUGCUCAGCUUUGAAAUGCAGCGUAAUCUCAGUCCAUCCCUGAGCGAUGAGAGGGAUGGGAAUCUUUCUGACAUCGUGCUACAGAAUGAACUAAAGGUGGAGCAGCUGACGAAGGAUUGGUCAGAGAGCUGGAGAGACAAGAAGGAGCUCCUGGAGCAGUACAGUGUCGACAUCAACAGAGACCGGGCCGGAUUCCUCAUCAACUCCCCCAGUCCACACCUGGUUACUCUCGAUAGAGAUGUUCUUAGCACCGGGAUCGUCUUCUAUCACCUCAGGGAAGGAGUUACCCGCAUUGGACCUCAGGAACAGCUUGAAGAACCACAAAUAGUUCUGCAGGGAAGUGCCAGCUGUGAGAUUGAAAACCAAGGAGGUGUGGUAACGCUCAGACCGUUGCCAGGCUGCGUCUGCCUGCUCAACGACAGAGAGGUCACUGAGCCCUGCAGACUGGCUCAAGGGACUGUGAUCACCCUGGGAGGAGUGCAUAAGUUCCGCUUCAACCACCCAGCAGAGGCAGCUGUCCUCCGGGAGCGCAGACGGGCCAGUGAAGGUGGAAUGGCCUACACCUACAUUGACCUUCGCCCAAAGACCCCUGACCAUAGUGUCGAAGAAGUAGAGGUCCAAGGGCAGCUGGGUGCCUGUCUCUCCCCCAGUGAGGAGCCUACUGCUAGGCAGCGUGUGGAGGGGCAGCAGCGCUAUGUGGAGAGUUUGCGGCAGGAGAUUCAAGCUGAACAGAGACGGGCUGAGAGAGAGCUGGAGAGGGAGCAGGCUCACCUCCGACAGCAGCACAUUGAGAUUCAGCAGUGGAUUUUACAGGAGAAACGGCGCCUAAUAGCUGUAGAGCAGAGAAUCACCCAAGAGUCUGGAGUUCAAACAGACCUUAUCGCUGCACCCCUCCUGGAGCAACUGACAAGUCAGGCGCUUCAGGAUCAGGAAGGUCUGCCGGUGGAUCGUCUGUCCCAGGUGGUAAGGGCCAGGAAGAAGGUGGUGCAGGAGGAGCUGCUAAAGCAUCACUCCCUGUGCCGCGCUGAGAGCCGCAUCCGUCGGAAACGAUUGCACUACCAGCUGGAAAGAAUUGCCCGAAAGCGGCAUCUGUUGGAAGCUAAGAGGGAAUUGCAGCAACUGGAAGGGGCCCUUCCUCUAGGACCAGACAGCCCCGAGUCUCCUGAGCUUGGGUCCCCCUCAAAGCUCAGAGGAAGACCGUUUGUUUCUCGUAGACACUCAUUCUCGGCAGAUCUUCUGUCUCGGCUCUACCCACAGCACACCCCUAUCUUCAGACACUUUCUCAAGAGAAACAGAUCCAUAGAGCUGACAUCAAAUUCUUCCACAACCUCUGAUUCCAUUGGCAGCAGGAAGUGGGUUUCAGAUGAGUGCCUUCCUCGGGAAAGAACCCAGAGUUGUUCUGGAACGCUCUUCUCAGGACAAAGUCAAAGCUGCCGGAGUAGAGUAAGCUCCUCUGAAAACAUUAGACAAACUGGCAAAGAGGAGUCAAAAGGUCAUCCUCGCCAGGAACGACCGGAAAGAAAACCUCUGCUGCCAAACCGAGACCUGUCUUUUAAGAACAGAUCAGACCAGAAGUCAACGGUUACUCUAAAGUCUCCACUUGGAACUGCUUUGCAGCCAGUCAGAAAAGAAAAUAUACAAGGACCAACAACACCCAAACCCAGUUCUCAGAUUGUUCCUCGCAUGAAUGAGAUAACUCAACCCCACGCGGGUAACAACGGACUAGAAACGAUCAGGAAGACUUUUUCUCAUUCUGUGGGUCCCAGGUUAAAAACAGCUCUGUCCAAAGUGUUCAGGAAACCACCAUCAGGUGCAAAUGGAGGACGAGGUCCCAAACCUCUGGGGAGGAUAGCAAGCAAAUUUCACUGGAGACAAAGAAGAGACAGGAGCCAUAAAGAUAACAAGAUGAGCCGAAGCAAAUGUGCCGUUAAAACAGCCGUCUCAUGUGAGGAGCUUGACCAAAGGACUCUCUUUGAGGACAUUAGACAGAGGCGGUGGCAUAGUUCCGAGGCUCUGGUGAGCAAGACCAGCAGAUGGGUGGAAAGACAGCAGGGUUUGAUUGGAUGGGAGGAAGAGCAAGAAUACAGGGAUGCAGGAACAUCAGACUGUGAGAGCCUUUUCUCUCUUGAUUCCCUGUCCUCUGCUUAUGCUACAGCCCUAGCAGAGCAGCUGAGACACGAGGAAGCAGCUCAGAGUGAAGCAGAGAGUGAAGACAGUCAGAUGUCUAAAGAUUCACUGACUGUGGAGAGUAGUGGGAAAUACUCAACAAUGGAGAGACUUAACCAAACAGUGGUGCCAACUUACCCAUUGGUGACAGAUUGUUCCCAUUCAUCCAUGUGGGACAAUAGAACAUCAGAGAUCAGUUUAGACUGGGACAGCUGUCAGGAACCCCAGGUAAUCCCAGCAGAGGCAUAUUGGAGCCAGCAGGGCUCCCCAAAAUCAAGACGCAGUGUUGCAACAAGGAAGCCUCCUUCCCGCAACCCAUUAGUAGCAGAAUCUAGCAGCAGAGACAAUGUACACAAAUUGAUCGAGGACUUUAGGAACAUGCAUACCACUUCGACCAGCAGCCCACGCUCCCUGAGCAGCUGCAGUGUGAGGGAGCCAGAAAACUUGCUGGCACUCACUGAUGCCUGGUCCUCCACCGAUGCAGCAGACAGUCCCAGGAUUUACAGGGAUUCUCUGCCUUUCCAAAGAAAAAUGAUGUUCAGAGGUAUAGAGAGCAGCAGCAGCAGCAGCAGUCCCAGUCCAACCAGUAUGAACUUUUUAGACUCUCAGAACGGCUCUCAAAGCUAUAGCUCAGCGUCCACCAGCACUGUAGGUGUAAAUGUAACAGUGCAGGAACACAAUGUUGCCAUUUCAAGGAGCACAUCAGAAACAUUAAACUUUCAAGACUCUCAGAUUCUAACAACACCAGAAGAGGCGCUGAAGGACAAUGGAUGUUGUGGAGAGCAAUCAGAGCGACAAAUAGAAAACAUGGGGAAGGCAGUUUUAGAUAGGAUAAGUCCAACUUCCUUACUGACCUUAGAUCAAAGCGCCUUUGUGUCCCCUACUGAAAGCCACCACACUGAACAACAAGCAUCACAAAUAAACUUGCUUCAGGUGUUCACAGAUGUGCCUGUCACGGUGGCUACUGACUUCACGAUGUCUUCUGACACUGAAAUGUGUGCGUCAGGUAGUCAGUUUGUUAUGCAUUUCUCUUCAAGUCCUACUAACCAGGGUCAAAUAUUGAACAAGAUGUCUGAUGUUGCACGUUCCUUCAAACCCUCUGCUGAAGAUGAAGUAGUAUGCAAUGUAAAUGGUGCAACAGAAAAGGUGAAAAAUAUACAGCAAUAUGAGUUUGGGAGUACCAAAUCGUUUACAAGGGGCAAAACGUCAGAUGUUGAAACCAAAGGCACUGAGCAGAACAUUGGACUACAGCAGGAGCUUGUUAAAACGGCUUGUAAAAAUUCCAGGAAGAGGAACAAAGACCAACAGGAUGCUUUCAUGGGUAGCCUGAAAAUUCCAAAAAGGAACGGCACCAGAGAGUUGGGAACUUUGAGCUCUGCACCAGUUGGGAGCCAUGAAGACAUUUGGCUUGAUGACAAUAAUAACACUAGUGACUCAAAAGGAGAACAGUCUUCUGUGGAAGCUGACAACCCAGGAUUUGAUUCCGUUUGUGUUGAUGGCAGCAUUACACAAGAAGCAGUGGCUUCAGUGGCAUCGCCAGUUUCUGAUCCCGUGAGCAGGAAAUUUGGACAGAGUUGUCAGAUCUUUGAGUGCUCUGAAUGUGAUGACAAUAGUCCUCAGAGUGGUACCUCGGUGGGAGAGUGGAAAGUAGUUGAAAAGGUAGAUGUAACCAUAAAUGAAAUAGCUGCGGAAGCAAAAGUGAGGGAAUCCCAAAUUGACAACGCCAGAAAACAUCAAGAAAGUAGAAAACACAUAUGCAAGUCCGAUGCUAUUUGUAGCGCCAUUGACCUGAGAAUCUCAGAAGUGGUGAAAGAGCACUUGAGAUUAUCAUUAAUUGGCAGCAAUGAUGACGGGAAGAGCAGGAGUCAAAGCCUGAAUGUCUUGUCAUCAUCUGCAUGUCAUUUUGGCUGUUAUAGUGAUGAGAAUAAAUGGACAGAAAGGGAGCUGAGAGAUGAAAUGAGCUAUCAGGUGAAAGAAGGAGCAGUCGUUGAACACAUUUCACUGGAAAGGAAGACAAGUGAAAACACAGUGGACAAAAGUGAGCACCUGGCAUCAGAUAUGCCAGCUGAAUUGAGGACUAACCAUGGGAGCAGCAUGCUUAAAUCUACUGAAGUAACACAGAACCUUGCACAUAACUUUUCUGACGUGACAUCAAACAAGCCAGUAAUUGAUCAUUGUGAUUUCCAAAAUUUCUAUGCCAAUAUCAUCAACACCCAUUCAAAUCUGACACUCAGCAGCCAUGGGUAUUCUGAGCUCUCUGACAGACUGACUUUGCAAGUAAUUAGCUCGUCCUCAAAGAGUGAUUCCUCUUCAGCAAGAAAAAGUAUUGAAUCUCAAGAAAACCCUGUAGAGGAAGAUGGUAUAAUUCAAGAAAUGAAUGAUUCAGGUAAACAAAAAGAAACUUCUCAUCUUAAUCCCAUCAUCAGUGAAACAUGCUUGAAUGAAGUGGAUACCCAUAGCUGUUUGGAUUCCAAUGCUGUGAAUCCUGAUUGCCCAGAAUUUCACCAAAUACCUCUUGAAACACCUUCCGCCCUGAGUGACGCAAAAGAAAACUGUGGCUGUAAUGAUUUAAAGGAUGUCUGUAUGGAAGCCACAUCCGGUGUGGAAGGCAAAGGCGGUUAUUCGUACAAACAAAACUCUCAAAGGAUGAGUCAAGAACAUUUCCAAAAUGGUCCUGACACAUCUGGAGCUAUAAAAUUAUUAUCCGAUGGAAGAAGUCUUCAUUUCAAACCACAACAGAACACACCCACCGAUGAGAAUGUCUCUAUGAAAGGAUUCGCUGUUACUCGUGGCUGUAAUGGAAGUGGUGAAACAGACAAAACAACAGGAGGUAAACCUUGUAUCUCAGCACAGGACCAGUUCAGCUCUCCACAGACUCAUUCAAUUAACUUGGCUCAGACUUGUGUGGUCAAUUUGAAUUACAACAACAAAUGUCAAAAUGUAUCAAAUUCACUGUGCAAACUUGAUAAGGAUACUGAAAUUGACAGCAAACAAGAUUUCUUGACGAAAAAUGACAAAGGGGCAGUGACCCACCAGUCUGAUGCAAAGGUUCCCAAGAUCUUCACAGAGUCAAAAUAUGGAGCCAAUCUUUCUGGUUCUAUGCACCCACAACACAGAACACCACAUGGAAAUGCAAUGAGAAAUACAAGUUGCUGUAGAUCUGUGAUGUCCAAACAGGUCGAGCAAAACACAUCUGGUGAUAAACAGGACAAGUCUGCUGUUCUCUCUAAAAAGGCCAAGUCUAAGAGGUUCAGAAGGUCUGAGAUCCAUACUCAUCCCACCUCUUCCUCUGAGUCUUCCCUUAAGUCAUCAGACGAGGAUGAGGAUGAUGACAAAACCACCAAAGCGUAUCACAGCCAGCUCUCCUUUAAAUGGGUGAAGCCUGGUGCUCAAAGACAGGCUAGAAGUAACGAUGCAGAUAUUUCUAUCCUGGUGUCAGCGAGCAAAUCUAAAAUGAAGACUUGUUCUGCUGGAACUCCAGGUAAAAGUGAAGUUAAAAUUAGUAGAGAUUUCACCCAAAAAAGACACUCUUUACCCUCUCAAGCAGUAUCGCAAAAGACAAAUGUAGAAAAUAUCAGCCUGUACGCAAAGACAACUAGACCACAACAUACGCUGAAUUCUCAGGACUCUCCUAUGCAUUUUGCCUCUAGUGACAUCAACCCUUUUGUUCACCAGUGGCAAGGCGAUGACUCAAACCAACUUUGUUAUAAGAACCCAGUAUUUGGAAGUGCUGCUGACCUAUCCUGUAAAUCUCCACUUUUGAACAGCGCUGAGAAAUGUAUAAUAAGAUGCUGUAGCGUUGAGAAUGGUUUGAACAGGCAGAACUCUCCUUUCAAUUCCCAUCUGAGCACUUACGCCACCAACAAGGGCCUCUCCAGUACUCUUAGCAGUAUGGAGGAUUAUAAGGAACAAGUGAACAAAACAUCUCAUCUUACACCCUGUCAGCAGGCAUCCGUUGAUACUCACACUCAUCUAACCAAUCUGACAGUGACCGACAGUUCUUCAAGUAACGAUGUUCCCAUUGGUUUUGGUAAGAGCUCCAGUCAGGUGGAUGAAAUUAUGUUUGUGUACUCGUCUGAGCAAGAGUCCCAGGCCAGCAAAACAUGGGCCCAAAAGAGGAGGACGUGCGAACAUGGCACGCAAACUGAGCGUGGUCUUCAGACUGUAAAUAUUGGUAACGGUGGUAGUGUUCCAAAGAGGAAAGAGCGGCACAAAAGGAGUAACACUGAUGUACCUGCAACACAGAUAACCAAAGUGGACAUUAAAAGAUCUCCAACGUGGGCCAGUAUGGAAAGCAUGUCGGCUCACCUCUCAAAGCUAAUCGACAGCACUUCAGACCUUCUGGGGGACGUCCAGGGAAUGAGAGCAGGUGAAGGCCUCAAGUCCAGUCCGAAGAGGGGGAUCAACUUGUCUAACAUCAGCAUCUCUUAUUGUGAGUCUAAUGACUGUACAAAGAGAGAAUGCUCAACUCAAACAUCUGUAGAUGUUGGGAUCCAGACAGAAAGGCCAUCAACACCAGCAAAAAAGGAAGUCGCUGUUCAUCAAAUGCCCAGUGAAAGGUCCAAAUCUCAGGAAGUCAACGUGAUAGUCAAAGUGAUUGGUUCUGAGGUUGUCAGCGUGUCUCAAGACAAGAAUGUGGACUGUGUGUUGAAGAGUAAGGCUAACACAGAUGAAAAGAUGCAGAGCAUGCCUGACCUGAGGUUGAACACGGCUACCUCACGAUCAGAGAAUGGCCCUCUGAAAACACCUCCUUUAAAGACUGCAGGUGAAUGUCAAAAACGUGUAAGAUCUGCUUCUUCUAGAGGCUCAAAGCAAAGCACGCCGGAGGCAGUGUGCCACAAAAGUGUUGCAAAACCUGAAAUCACUUGCAAAUCAUCAAAAAACAGCUACCAAGGAAACCUCAGUCCCUCUUUAAGAAAUGACCUAUCACUUUCUUUAAAGAAACAAGCCACAUACACAGACCGUGCAUCAUCUCCCAUACUGACUGUGGGAGCAAGAUUACAUAUGAAGCAGAAAGGACUCAAAUCAACACUGUGUCCCCCAAAAUGUCAGGAUAGAAAUAAAGACAAUAAAUCUGAUGAAGGCAGCCUUACUGUGCCUUCUAGAAAACAAUCGGCAUACACAACCGUUUCAGAGGAUGAUAAAAUUUGUAAAACUUGUAAGUCAGAAUCUAUAUCACUUGAGAGGGUGAGUGAAAUGAGCUGCUCAAGCCCUAUAGGCUCUAAUAAGUGCUCUCUAAGUGUUAGUUCCUCACUGGAUAGAUGUUCAAACACUGACAGGAGAAAUGAUACCUGUGAAGACAGGAGUUCAGAAUGGCAGAUCAUGUCUCCACAGUGGAGGACUUCUACUUCAGCAAAAGUUUUAACUAUGCAGAACCACAUCUCUCCCAUAUUAAGAUUGACUGAUGUGCACAAACAGCAGGCUAAAGCUCAACAUGAAAAAACAUCAAGCUAUGCAAGACCUGCAGUGGAUUCUGUAGAUUUUUGCGUUGAUUCCUACAAUCCAUCCCCGGGCAGCAACAGGACUGUUCAACUUCAAGAGGACGACAUGGUGUCACUGUCACCCAGUGAGGCCAACACGGACGUCCUUGUGAACAUUAAACCUGUCACAAAUUUGCUCCUGUGUCAAGACCACCAUAUAGUCCCAGAGGACCUACCCAUGCACAACAAGUUCAGCAACUGGUCGGGAAUCAGCCAUCAGCAAUCAAAACGCUCUAACAAACCGGCAUCAUUUCUCGCCAGAGACGACGACAAGAGCAGAAACUGUGCUGAGUGGGGCGAGAUGGAGAGUUUGGAGUCCACGCCGCAGAGCAACAGAAGGGCGAGAGAGAUCGAGAGGCUGCGACAGGAGAGGGAGCAGGUGAUGGCGACAGUCAGCCUCAACUUGAACCCAGCACCGCUGACUGUGGAGCUGACAGAGGCCAAGCUACAUUACGGCCUCGGAGAGACGGAUACACUCUUAAAGAUGCUGUCCCCGAGAUCCAGAGAAGAGCUGGAGCAACCGACCUCUGCGCCUUCCAAACAGCAGCUGUAUGAUAGACACCGCAGGGGUAUUGAGGGUUUGAGGCAGGAGAGGGAGGAACGUCUUCAGACUUACCGAAGAGCUCGUAGUCUGAGUCCCAGCAAACAUCCUCGCUCCCCUCUGCAAGAGGCCGUUUCCUCCUCUAAGGUAUAUUCUGCCAUGCCUAGUCGGCAUAAAGAGCAGCUCUGCCAAGAGGACAACACCAGAAUACCAGAACCCACACGAGGAGAGGGCCAGUAUCCAUCUGACAUUGAGCAGCUGUUGCGCGACUACGGCCGAGCCCGGGAGGAGGCCAGGACAGAGAUUGCGAAGGCACGAGAACGACUGCGAGAAAGGACUGAGCAGGAGAAGAGGAGGAUUCAGCAGCAGACCCUGUCUCAGGAAGUCAAGGAUGACCUGAGGCAUCGGACAAGAAUCAGUAACAGCACCCUGUGCACAGGAUCCAGCCUGAGCCUUUCCUCUGGACCAACGUCAGGGUACAACAGCGGCAACACUGCCCAGUUACAGCACGGCAACCGACCACUUCUGACUGGACAGAUCGUAGGGUUCCAGGAUGAAGGGCUGACGGUCAGGACACGUCCUCCUAUGUGUGGUCCUCAAAGUGUGAAAACACAGAGAGCCUGGCUGUCUGCCCAUGAUGUCCGCCUUGAGCCUCCCGUCACCGGGUUUGAGCCACUGAUGACUUCAUCUCCAUCACCCCCAACUUGUAUACGUCAACGCACCGCCUCCUUUGGCUCCUCCUCAUCCAUAUCCACAACUUAUCAGGAUAUCACAUCUAGUCUCCUCGGUCGAACUCUGGCUGAGGUGAGACUAGCUUCUUCUGGGGAUUUGAGCAACCUUCUUAAUGGCAAGGCCACAGCAGGCUGGAGGUACCAAGGUGAAGAACGAGGUAUCCAGGCUUACUACAAGCCCUCCUCCAGCCCAUCUGUCCAUUGUUUCCUGGGGGCCGGGGAGCUGGACAGGCCCCUGGACAGUCUGUGGACCAUUAUCAGUCAGCUAUCCAAGAGCCACAUGUACAAUCAGUCGGUCCGUUCUGUGUGGACACGACCACUAGAUGACAGUACUCAGCUGGUUUACAUACUAACAGAUCCGUCCACCUGCCACCUCAGCCAGCCGCGGGACUUCUGCUGCAUCAGCACUGAGUCCAAACAGGCUGGCCUGUGCGUGCUGGCAAUGCAGUCUGUGUUCGAGGAGUCUCUGCCUCGUCCCAGUGUGGAUGCUGUCCGAGGGGAGAUGAUGCCCAGUUGCUGGGUCCUGCAGCCAAUUAGAUGUAAUAAACAGGAAGUCACCAGGGUCGUUUACCUGCUACAGGUGGACCUGGGAACUCCAUCCUUUCCUCACCGACUGUUGAACACGGUUGCCAGAAGACAGGCAGCGGUCAUUGCUGACCUUGACGUUUUUCUCGCUUCGUAAAUCCAUGGGAGGAAAACAUUAGCAGUGAGCACUUAAACUGUCUUCAGCAUGGAGUUAAUCUUAGUUAGUCUUUUUAAUUUGCACCUGAAAUGUAUUUACUUGACUUUUUUAUUAUAAGAGCACUGUCAAAUUCAUUCCCAGUUGAAGCAGCUUUUUAUAUGAAGGUUUUUUUUUAUUUUUUUUUUAUAAAAUAUUGAAACUGUAUUUUUAUAUGUCUAAUGUACAUAAUGCUUGUAACAAUCAUAUUCCUAUUUUUACCAAAGAUUGAGUAGAAGUCUAAGGAAGUGCCUUGGAAAGACACAUUUAAUGUAUUGUAUUUAAGUUUAGACAGCCAGAUAAUUAAUUUUCCAAGGCAGCAAAACUACCAGGUUUUCCAACCUAAUAGAUUCAUUAAUUUGACGAAGUAGGUUAAUAUUCCGUUAUGACCUGAUAAGUAUCAACCAUUUAUCUCCCGUAAUGCCUGUUAGAAAUAUGGUGUCUACUGAUUUCUACCAGAUUGUAACGUGAACAACCAAAAAUGUCAAAGUUAACAAGGUCAGCGUCUCAGCGAGAGAACCUUUUAAAUCUAAGUUGAAGAGUGGUUCAACAGAUUAUUCAAGGUUAUACUCACUUGAUGUAUAUUUACUACGUAAGUGUGUUUUCACCAGUGUUUACUUUCUAUCUAUCAAUGAAAAAGGCAGUUUUGUGGUUCCAAGGACGUCAAUACACCAGAGAUUAAGACCAUAUACAGAUGGCAGCAUCACUUUGUUCCAGAUCUGGGUCAAGCAGUUUUUAUAAAUAAUUAUUAAAUGUUUGUUUUGGCCUACUGAUUUAGAUGAUUAAGGGGGUUUUGCCAGAAAUGACAGUACUGUACAAUGAAAAUUGGAACAAUGAUUGAAAUCUGGAUUUGUUACGGUACAUACAGAAUAUGUACUAAUUUCCUCAGGAACUGCAUAUUUUAACCACUCAAAGAAAAUGAGCUUCAAAUGUCCUUCAGUAGUUUUUCAGCAAAACGGGGAAAGAUAAAUAUAGGUAAGGGACUGUAUGCAAAUUAUUAGUAGAGGAGAGGGGUUCAGAAAAGAGAGGCCAAGUAUAGUCUUUUUUAAUUUUGGCUGAAAGUAAUGUAGACUGUGGUCUUUUAUUUUUCCUCCAUCCUAAAUUUAUAUUUUUGUUUCAGCUUGCCUUUGCAGUAUAUUAUUGAGUUACUCUAUAGCUGUUAUUCGUAAUGUAUGCGUUUGUCUGUGUAGGCACUACAAAUUUGAAACCACUCAGCAGCACUUUGCCCUAAAAACAGUUUUGUAGCAAAGCAGGGAGGUGGUGAGUUGGAAUGUCGAGAACAUUUUGGAUAUAAGUUAGAGGGCAAGUAGUCAUAUACAUGUUCAACCAAAGCUCUCCAUCAGCAAACAUCUGGUCUGCUGAAGUGUCGAGUAGGAUACUGAAGAUCCCACCAGCUCCGGAGAUGACACCCUGCAGCUGACCUUGACCCUCUGACCUCCCUUUAUUUCAUUAUUGAAGCAGCACUAAGAUAAAUACACAGUAUGAAUCUGCAUAAGCUUAGAUUUAAGACCUUUUGUUCACCUCUUUCUGAAGUCUGUUGUAACGAAAUUGUUCCUCUUACCUUCUGUUUGAAAUGCUGUUGAAUGUGUUUUAUAGUUGUAAUGGGUUUUAGUUUUUAUGAGCAAAGCACGUUGCUUGCACAAAACUGUUGCAUUUAUUAAUGUCACGUAUAAAAAAGUUCUUUUUUGUGUGUGUGUGUACAGUGUUGAAGCUAUGCAGAAGCUGAUCAAAGGCAGGACUGUUGUCAGUCAGUGCUGGGUCAGCCGUAUCCAGAUAUGAAGCCAUAUUAUUUCCCGUAGUUCAGUGCAGCGCUCAGUUUGUGACUUUAGAUGUUCUUGGGGGAACCAAAGAAAAAGAGAUAAAAAUACUGAAGACAUAAAGUGAAGGAACAAAGUGACACAUUUAUGUACUGAUUUCUUUUAUAUGUGUAUCUAUAUAUUUUUAAGUGCUCAUUGCACUGUGUAAAGAGAAUAUUUAUGUUUUCAAGAUGUGUUGUAAAUGUAUUUACCGCUUCCUGUUGCUAAUACGAUGUUAUUUAGCAUGUAUGUUGGCCAUUUUUUAUGAAUGCAAUACAUAUUUGAAGUGAAUUGUUGUGUUCACAUUUUUUUUUUAAUCAUCUGUUUACCAUUUACCAGAGUUGUUUUACCUGUCACAAGUAGGCCUGGUUAUUGAAAUGCUGUAUCUUUGGUGCUGAUUGAAAUGUGUCAGUAUCUCAGUGGCCCCGAGCGGCAUGGAAGUGUAAAUUGAAGUCAAAUCGUAAAGCUGACAUCAAAUGAUUUAACUACUUUAAUGCUUUGUUUUCCAUAUUUGAGAAGUUUUGUCUUCUUUUGUUAGUUGUUGAAGUUGUUUUUCAAAAGGUCACAAGAUAAAUCUGAGGGCUAGCGAGAUUGUUUAUGGGGUAGAAAGGAAUAAAACACACAAGUUCUGCUA